CUGAGGGUCCUCACGAAAUAAACAAAUUGGGGUCCUUCUCUUGCUCGAGAGGCUAGCUGUGGAAACAACGGUGUUACUGGUCACAUUGUUUUAACACGGCUGUGUGUAAACUGUCCAACAAUAACACCGAUAUAAGUCGAUUGAGUUUGCUGGAGGGGAUGUUGAUGAAAGCGCAGUUCGUCUCGGUUCGGUCCGGUACGGCCCAGCUGGCCCAGUAGAGCCGCGAGCUGCUUCUGUUCUGACCGACGGAGGAGUCAACAGCGUUAGCAUUAGCAUCAAGCUAACGGCCCCAAAAACAGCGUAUUUCUGAUAUUUAGCCAAAUAAAACAAGAGGGAGGCGUUGAUGAGCAGCAAUGUCUGGCAUCGCUCUUAGCAGACUGUCCCAGGAGCGCAAAGCCUGGAGAAAAGACCACCCGUUUGGUUUUGUUGCUGUGCCCACUAAGAAUCCUGAUGGGACCAUGAACCUGAUGAACUGGGAGUGUGCCAUUCCUGGGAAGAAAGGAACCUUGUGGGAGGGAGGACUGUAUAAACUCAGAAUGCUGUUCAAAGAUGACUACCCUUCCUCACCACCAAAAUGCAAGUUCGAGCCACCAAUAUUCCACCCAAAUGUCUACCCAUCCGGCACCGUGUGUCUGUCCAUCCUGGAGGAGGACAAAGACUGGAGGCCCGCCAUCACCAUCAAACAGAUCCUGUUGGGUAUCCAGGAGCUGCUGAAUGAGCCCAACAUUCAAGACCCAGCACAAGCAGAGGCUUACACAAUUUACUGUCAGAACAGGAUGGACUAUGAGAAGCGGGUAAGGGCACAGGCCAAGAAGUUUGCCCCCACAUAGAGAGGAGGAGAGCUGGCCUGGAUCCCGCCUGAGCAGCCUGAACUGAUGGAGGUGACACACAGGAGGCAGGCAGCACAUGAUGGACCACUCCAAUAAGAAUCCAGUUUUGAGUAUUAUCAUACUAUUAUUACACAGGUGACAAGUGAGCCUGUUUUUCUCUCUUUUUUUCUCCUUUCUUUUUUAAACAACAAGUUCAAUAAGGUCAUAAUUUUACCAUCAAGAAAUAUUUAUAGCUGAUGACCCUAGAACUCUGCUGUCAACACGACCGUUGCUAUUUGUAACUCUUGUAUAAUCCACAUCUCCAGUUUUGUUUGAGUGCUGCUGAGCUCGCUCAUGCCUCCAUUAAUACUAUAAGUCAUAAUAAUCUCUCAACAGAGCCGUAGAAAUAAGAUGUCCAAACCACUCUGUGUAGUUUAGUCCGUUGUGGCAGAGGAGGAGAUUUUGUUUAUUCUUAAACUUCCUGUUUUUUAUCGAACCCCAGAAGUAUUGUAGCUAGUUCAUGCUUAUUAUGGGCAUGGACUGGGACAAAGCAGUCAGACGCACAGUGGAAGUCAGUCCUCCCGUUGUGCUGCGCAUCCCUCGUUUCGUUCCUAUCCCACAUCCCUCACAUCCGAGUUCCCAGAAAAGCAUCAAAAGAAUACAGUCAACGCGUUAAAUUCAGGUAAAAGACAAUCCUGCCACUUGUAUAUUGGUUGUAAGCUUAACUAUGGUAGUUAAUGUUGACAGGAAGUGGUGCUCUGUCCACCUCAGAGAAGGGACAAUUUACAGGAGGGCACAUUGGGUCAGGGCUUUGCUUCCACCAAUGAGUUUAAAUCAUCUUUUAUUGCAGUGGCGCCAAGAUAACCUUCAGAUUCUUUUAUGUGAAUCCAACUGGGAGUGAAACUAUUUACAGUGUUUUCACUUCCUGCACAUUCAACACCAGUUUGUCACCUGCUUCUGCGAUAGUACGAGAUAGAGGAGACGUUGCAUUGUAAAACUAACAAAAGCUGCUGCUGCGUGUGUUAGUUUUUAGAGCUCGAUCCAUUAGAAAUAACAUACCAUCACUUUUCGUUAUUUUAUCCCACAAACGCUCACAAAAUAAACACAAACCUGUAGGCUAUAAAUCAAAAAAAGCUAUUAAAUCCUCAAGUCGAUCUGGCAAAACAGCAGCUGAAGGAUCCUCAUUGGAAUGGCCUCUCAACCAGCAAGGAAGACGGACGAAAGUGCACUUGAGAGCGAGCGAAGGCCUGAGAUUUUUUUGCCUCUAAAUAUAUGAGUGCAUGUACAUAAUAUAAAUACUGAAAAAUUGUGGAAGUUAUGUUUUAUAUUGUUUUAGCCAGUUGACAUUUGUGUGUGGUAUUAUAACAAAGAACACAAUAAAUGGCAUAAAAUUGUGAAAUAAAGUUGAAUAAAAGAAAUAAAAAAUG